AACUGUCAUCAGGACUGUAUUUACCAAACAUUGAAACUAUUUCCAAUGCUGCCCUCGCAGCCUCUUCCGCUGCUCGCAUUACGACUGCCGCCUCUAAUUUUUCUCCAUUACGCGCUUCAUGCACAUCGUCAGCUGUACCAACACCCACAAGACCGUCACCGUCGACUACACCAGUACAUCAGUUUUCAAGCACGCCGACAUCUCCUAAAGCUGGAUCGUCUGGGGUGGCGCCGAUGGAGAUUGUUUGCAGAUGA